AUUUUCUCGACGCGAGACGCGGCGUCAGAGAUGUCCUACGUUGGGCGAGCAAACAGACCAUUUUUGGCGUUUUGUAAGGCUGAUGUCCGGCGGUCAGUCCCCUCUGUCUGUCUGAGUUAUGAACAUACGGAACCGUCCAGCCCCUCCAGGCCAGGCAGCACACCACGCACGUACACAUUUUCUCGCCCCUCCUCCAUCAUACAGCCUGAGACCCCGACAAAAUGCCACUUUGGUGAGGAAUGUGGCAGGAACACCUCUCUACACACACCUCCCCUCCCCUCUCCUCUACUGGCUCCUCUAUGUCUCUAUGCAUCGCAUCGCACGGCAUCCCUCUCACACAAAUACGCGCACAAGAACCCUCACCCAUCCAUCCAUCCACCCACUCGCUUAUCGCCAUACACAUGCAUGCUGCACACGCCGCAAACACCGCACACAGAGCAAAACUGUCGGCCGCUUCUCGACUUGACUGGCUGGGAAGGGCCCUCAGGCUGGCGUGAAAGUGUGUGCGCCGUCACAUCUUCACUCUCCGCUUUUCACUUUCUUGGCUGCAUGGGCGGUCAGGAACUCCUCCUUGUGCUGCACCAGAUAUGUCUGAUCAGACGAGGCAGUAUCACACAUACCUCGCCGUGGUCCUUCGCCAUUUCGUUCCUUCCCCUUCCUCCCUGAUGCUCACUUUGAGUUUUUCGAGGGCUCUGUAUCUGUGUGAGAUGGUGUUUUUGAGCUCCUUGGUCAUCUCGGCAUAGGUCUGGUCGAAGCCGUGGGGCUGGAAGAUCGGGUCCCUGAAACCGCCACACGCACACAAAUAAAUGCACGUAUGGUGGGCAUGCUGCUGGUCUGUAGUAGGUCUGUGUGUCGCUCACCAUCCGAAAUUGGGAUCGCCGCGGGCAUCGACAAUCACACCCUGACGAGAGAGGGGCAGACAACACAACACCAGUGAGGGCUGCAUGCAGUCAGCCAUGUGUACGCAGCCAGUCGUGCUCGUGCAGCUGACGUACGUUCGUCCGUCCCUCGAAGAGCAGCGGCUUCUCGAGCGUGUCGUCCAUAUACGAAAACAUGCAUAACGCAUACGCACUCUUGUCCUGCACGAAAGAACACACCAGUGAUUCAGUACCCGUGCCCUCUCCUGGCUGGUCUGUCUUACGUCGAAUCCGGCCAAGAGCUUGGGCAGGUCCUUGUGGCCCAGCUUCUUCAGAAACCACUUGCUGACAACACGCACAUCAAGUCACAUGGAAGACUGCAUAUGCAAGAAUGGCAUGACCUCCCUCCGGUGCGUUGGGCGUACACGUAUGGCCCUGGCAGGCCGCCGAGCGCAUUGAAGCAGAGCGAUGUGUCCUCGACGAUGACGGGCUGCUUGAGCUGGUUGAAGGCCAGCCGACACUUGCCCACAGAGAUGUCUGCAGGAUCGCCCUGCAACUCUGGCACUGACCAAACACACAACAACACAGGCACUGUGUGAUGAAGUGCUCUGGGUGUGUCCAAUAGUGUGGAUGCUCACAGUCGACAUCUGCUGAGGUGAGAGUGACGGUCUUGCCCAGGAUGAACGACACCUCACGAAGCUUGUUCGCAUUCCCUGUGUGGACACACACAUGUGUGUGCGACGGAUGAUCAGUGGUAUAGAUCUUGCCUGUACAGAAGCAGAGGACCAUCUCCUUCCCCUUCUCCGUCACACACUGCAGCAGACACACAUCACCCACACCAAGACACAUCACACUGCAACGUCAUCUCCUCCAUCUGUCGGCUGCUUGCAUCAUCACUCACCAUAUCGUCAGCCAUCACUGCAGGUUCAACAGGCGUCAGCUCGAGAGCCGUCCGCGACAAGUGAUCAGGAUACAGCGAGAGGCGUCCAGCGCCUUGCCGUGACCUCGAGCGAUGAAAGGGCCGUAUCACCCGCUCUGUCAGGCGGAAUGCGGACGCACCAAUGGGGGUUCGCUGCAGCACCGCCGGCAGCAGCGACAAGACGACAACGGAACAGACCUUCGCUGAGAUGAUGAGAUCUGCUAUAAACGUGCAAUGCCCUUGCCUCCCUGGCGACAUCAGACGCCGAG